CACACACACACACACACACACACGCACACACGCUGCAUUCGCUGCGACGAAAGGAAAGGAUGUAUGGGGAGGUGCGGUUUGGUCACACUCAGCCACAACAACAACCACAACAACAGCAGCAGGGAGCAGCAGGGAGCAGGGGGAUAUUGAUGAUGAUGACAAUGACACAUGCAAUCCAUCAAUCAAUCAAUCAAGCAGACGAGCAAGCAGGCAAGCGAGCAAGCAAGCCAAACAAAGGGACAUGUGUUCAUUCACUCCGCUUGGACGAGCGACACGCCCACCACGUGGCUGACGAUGAUGGUGGCUUGAAUGACAGCACCGUGUCCUUGAGCGGGUGCCAUCACCGUGUGCCACGACAACAAGAGGCACUACCUUUUCUCUCGCUCUGUCUUGGCCGCUGACAUUGUCAUCACCGCUGUCAGACUGUGGUCGGUGCCAUGCACGGGCAUGGAGACAGUGAGCCAGCUCGUGGUCUCCAGCGUGGUGGCUGGAAUGUGCACUGAGGUGAAGGAUCCCACCACCACACUUCCGCUUCCAUGCCGCCAUGGCUGACACCACUGGCACUGCUGGUUGACACGCACCAGCAGGCAUCGCUCCCAGCGCCACACAAGAGGGUGCCCGGCUCCCGCGAAUCGCCCAACACCAGCGCGACCGAGAACUGCAUCUCCGCCUUUGUCAAGAUUGCACGCAACCCAGCACACGGCCUCUCAAAGAUGCUGACGCAUCUGCUUGACUGGCUGCCCAUUACAGAAGACGACGAUGAAGCAAAGCAAGAUCCACGCGUGACCGCGCCUGAGAGCCCGGUGAAGAUUGUGCGUGCAUUUGUUUGUGCAGGUGGUUGGCACCCCCGCGGCCGCCGUCGACGAGCCCCACUGCCAGGGCAUGUACACAGCCUCAUGAACAUGCAGGAUUCGCCUGCCCACGGUGUGUUGGGGCAGUUGAUGCAGGAUCCCGAGGCGCACGCCCGCGUGCAGCGCGCUGUUGAGGCGCUUGGCUCGUCCACAUAG